GAAUGACAUGGUAGUUGAAACUAGAAGUGACUUCGACUCCGCAGGAAAAGCCUCUUUCACUCACCAAAUCGAUCCGAGGAUCAGCCGCGCGCAGUUUUGACCCAAACAACAAUCGCGUCUGACCCCCACUUCUAUUCAACACAACUACCACACACUUGAGACUCACAUCACUCGACGCCGCCUGGACAACUCCUUGGCACGCUGGUUACGCUCCACUAUGGCGACUCUCAUAGACCUGUUGGACGCGCGGUACGCUCCGAUCCAGACCUGCAUGCUUCAGUAUCUCGGUGUCGGUGAAGUGGUCGCGCUCCAGCGUACUUGCAAGGCGUUUGGCGCUCUUCAAGAAAGGUUGAUGGCAACGAGCUACAAUAUCAACCUCCGCCUAUCACACUUCUUCCGCGACCCCCGGGAGUUUCGUUCCUUGCUGGGAAAGUGCAACGCAGUCAUCGCUGAUGAGUUUGCGCGCCGAUUCUUCUCCCGUCUUAACGAAGCUGAGUAUGAACUUAUGAUAUUUGUUGCAAAAGACAUGUAUGCUGUCUUAGCAGAAUACUUAAGAGGUGAAGGAUACACGCAUGAAGAAGGGUUUUUUGAGUUCGUCAGAGAAGACUCAAGUGGAUGCGGUUACAUUGUUUACAUGGAAAAUAAUCCGCGUGACGACACUUGGGCACCUCUAGCCCAGGUCCUCGACAGUGCUUACACCACCUGCUGUUUGAAUCUGAUAACCUGGAACAAAGCGUACUCCCUCUUUCCGUACAGAAUCUUCAUGAAGCAGGAGUCGCAUCUUUUGGUCGAAUUCGAUCCAGAUAUCGCCUACCACUGGAGACGCCUCGAGCACGAGGGCAUCAAGAGUAAGACUAUUGAAUGGAGCCAGAAAGAAGACAGCCAUCCCAUCACAUGCCCUCGACGCGUUGGUGACAAGUACACGUGGGUUAUCAACUUGGACACGCAGGGCAUCGAAACUCCUGAACUACCCGACGAGGUUCUCGAAACAGCUACCUUUCAAAUUCGACUUUGGGAUAAAGAUCAUGACACCGGUCGGGGUCCUGUAAUGCGAUACAUUCUCGACUUCCGCGAACUUCGACAUCCAGUACUCAAGUAUCCUUACAUUGUGUUGAGGGAGCCAAGCACUGUAUCACCUUCGGCUUUUCGACAGAAAUGUAAGGCACUGGAGAAACGUCUUGACGAGUUGACCUUGUUUCAGUUGUUGCUGAUUCAUCCGGCAUGCCGACCUUCUGAAUACGAUCAGCUUGCGAACGAUGAGGUCAAGGCAAACCAACUUCGCGGAAAGUUCGAGUUACCUGCCUCGUGGACAUUCUACGAUGCUGAUGUGGUGGAAUUUCUGACCGAUGCAUGGAACGACUGGGAAGAAGGGGGCGGUAAAAAGCGCGCCUAGUCAUCGUCAGGUCGAAUGCGCCAGGUUGGGUGGACGACAUUGCGCAGUUCUUGUCGAGUGAGUAAUGGGGGAACAGUGAAAGAUUCGCUGCAAGUCACUUCAUUGCCUAUCUGCUAUAUGAGAGGCUGCUGGGUCUUUUGAGGCGUGGGAAAUAUUCUCAGCCUGGAGGCAUCAACGCGGUAUGUACAGUCGGCAACGAUAAAUUGGGCGUUGGACCUGGUUCAGGAUGCGACGCGACUAAACGAAGACCGGCAAUGCCGACAGGUAGCUAGACGGCCAUUAGCAGACGAAAUCGAAAACCAGUGUCAAAAGAAGCCAAGAAGAUCGGGUGAGUGAUGAAUGCACUUGUGGUUGUGAUACUUUGUAGCAG